AUGUGGGCCGCGCGACGUCACAAGAGAAAACGACUCGCGGACCGUUACACAGACGAACAUGCACACACAGCACGGCACAGCACAGAACAAGUUGACUAUACUAUUAUAUACAUCUCAUUAUUAUAUGUUAUAUGUCUCCGAGUGUCGGUAGAGUAUGUUCUGUUCAUCUUAUACAGGUACAACUUGUACCAGGAGAACAGACGUGAGGGGGAUGAAGAUCAGGACGAGAACAGUCUGAUGGAACAGGAUGCGCGUGCGCAUGGCGACCGCGGCCGCCGCCCUCCCCUCACACCUCCACGUACCUCACCCUCGCCCCUCGCCCCCCUCGCCCGCGGCCCGCUGCACGGCGACACGAGUCGAUCAGCUGACCGAGCUGAGCGUCCACCACAGGGAGAGCCGGGGUGGGAGGGGCGGGGGGCGAGCGGGUGUACGCGGAGUUCCUUUGUUUACGUGGGGCGGGGCGGGCUCAAGGUCGAGGGCGGCGGGCGACGGGCGCGGGCCGGCGCUCACUUACCGGCCCGGAGGCGCCGCUCCUGCAGCUCGAUGAAGCGCGCCGCCUCCAGCAGCGUAUCGAGGAGGCUCAUGGCGGCGGGCGGCGGACGGCAGGCGGGUAGCGGCAGGCGGCACGGCCCGCGCGGUCCAGGCGCGCCCGCUGUCACGCCGCGACUGGCGGCCGGCCACGCGCCCGCCGGCGACUCACGUGGCCGAGCCUCGCGGGGGCCAAUCGGCGGGCUGCGCGCGCAUCACGUGGCCGCCGUAUCGACCAAUCACAGCGGCCGGUUGUUGAAUGCGAUCGAUGCGCGGGUGGCGGGGAGUGCUUGUGACGCGGCGCGCUUUGUUUAUUGUCUGUAG